AAAAAAAAUGAGUAGGAAGGCUUAAACAAAUAUCAUGUCACAAGAACCUAUGCUUAUUAUUGAAUUUCUAUGUUUACAUGGUUUAUAAAUAUUUAAUUUUAUUAUUCCGCCGAAGUAUCUCAAUAUUUUUGAGCUUAUUCAAAUUUUGCCACGCAAGUAUAGAUUCUCUUGUAUCAUACUUCAAAUUUGCAUAAACAUGUGAAACCAAGUCAUUCACGUAUACAUGCCAAAUUGUGUGUACUGUGUGCAACUUGAAAAGUAAAAUCACACAAAUUCUUAACUCAGAGAAAAAUCAAAACGGAAAGUCCCUAAUCACUGAUUGGCAAAAUCAAAAGCUCAAACAUAUCAAACUAAUGGAUAACAACUGUCAUAUUCCUCCUGACUUGUUACAGACCAUUUUCUUAUGUAGAAUAUGGUGGAUUAAAACUGGUUUUAUCACCAGCUAAACCUCUCACAUGUAUGACAAUCACAUUGAUGGGAUAAAAUUCCAUAGCGUGGCUUCAUCGAUCGAGUUUGUAGAAUAUAAACUGACAGAGUCUGGAGGCAAAUUAUCAAUACUUGAUUGAUUGGUUCCAAAGUGGGAAUUUUAUGACAGGUCGAUGACGUCGAUUAAAUGGAAGAAACUUGUAUUCUUGGAUUCCACAUAACAUCGCGGAAUUAGAUAUUUUUGUGAGCAUGCAAGAAAAGAUCAAUUGAGAGAAGACAAUCUGUUAUAAAAUUGUACUAGCAGUUCUUUUGAGAACUGUAUGAAUUUAUUGAUGAAUUGAAGAUAUAGACUGUUAAACAUGUUGAGAGCUGUGUUGACUGCAGUUUACAUUAUAUCUGGUGUCCAUAUAUUUUUGGGGAUUCUCAGUGUUUGUCUAGGUGUAGUGUCCAGUAUUCGUUCAGAAGUGUGGCUUGCACACAGUGUGUCUCCAAUAUGGAGUGGAGGGUUUUUCAUUAUCACAGGAAUUAUAGGGAUUUUAUGUGCUAAAAGGAAAUCGUCAUACGUGAUCAUGAGCUUUAUAGCACUGUCCGUAGUAUCCAUAGUUACAGCCGUGGUCAGUAUUCAGCUUCUUCGUCUUGGACUAGUGAACCAUACGACAGAUGGGCACACUUUUCAGAAGGAAAACAAAGACAUUUUAAUACUGAUAGCGUUGGCCGUAGCAGGAACAGAAUGUCUUGUUUGUAUACUAUCAUCUAUUCUUAGCUGUAGAGUAGCAAAAAUAGCGAAAGAAGAAAUGUUCAAACAAAGAGAGGGAAUGUUUUAUGUCAAGGUACUUGGUCAAAAAGACAUAGUCGUUGUUACCAAACCUUUGCUUACAAGAGAUGAAAAUACAGCACUUUGAUAAAAAAAAAGCGUCAAGAGAAAUAGAAGUUUGUAUUUAUCGCAUUACAUUAUCGAAAUUACAACAAUCAAGAUACUAAUUUAUCAAUUUAAUAUAACUUUGCGUAUCACUUAAACUUUCCAACACGAAAUCAAAUGAUGUGUUUAUAUAUUGUAGACAUGAAACAUAUGGAAUGGAUUGUUUAAUCUGUUAAGAUUUGCAAACAGCACAAUAAAGUUUAAUGUUGUAACAUU